CAGGAAGUGUGAGAGAGCAGGGCCGGCUCAGAGCAGGGUAGAGAGUCGCCCUGAAGGCAGCUGGGGAGGACACCCUCUGCCCCCGACCCUCCCAGCUCCAGGGGUGUUGUACUGCCCCUGCAGCCAACCCAGCCUUGGGGUCCCCCAGGGGCCGUGGCCACCAGGACAUUCCGCGCACAGCCGGGGAUGACAGCACUUACUGAAAGCUCGGCGGGUGCCACGCGCUCCCGCAAGCCUGCAAGCCACCAUCGCAGCCAAGAUGGGCUCAGCUCCUGGACUUGCCACAGACAGUAAACAUAACAGACGCGUGCCCCGAAGAAUCUGACGGACCCGUGGCUCCUAGAGCACGGGGCAGAAGGCAGCCAGCCAGCCAGGGGCAGGAGAUGCAGAGCACCGUCAAUUACCUAUGGCACACGGAUGACCUGCUGGGGCAGGGGGCCACCGCCAGUGUGUACAAGGCCCGAAACAAGAAAUCCGGGGAGUUGGUUGCUGUGAAGGUCUUCAACACCGCCAGCUACCUGCGACCCCGUGAGGUGCAGGUGAGGGAGUUCGAGGUCCUGCGAAAGCUGAACCACCAGAACAUCGUCAAGCUCUUUGCGGUGGAGGAGACGGGGGGCAGCCGGCAGAAGGUGCUGGUGAUGGAGUACUGCUCCAGCGGGAGCCUGUUGAGUGUGCUGGAGAGCCCGGAGAAUGCCUUCGGGCUGCCGGAGGAGGAGUUCCUGGUGGUGCUGCGCUGUGUGGUGGCCGGCAUGAACCACCUGCGGGAAAACGGCAUUGUCCACCGGGACAUCAAGCCUGGAAACAUCAUGCGCCUCAUGGGGGAGGAGGGGCAGAGCAUCUACAAGCUGACGGACUUUGGGGCCGCCCGGGAGCUGGAUGACGAUGAGAAGUUUGUCUCUGUCUAUGGCACUGAGGAGUACCUGCACCCUGACAUGUAUGAACGGGCGGUGCUUCGCAAGCCCCAGCAGAAGACAUUCGGGGUGACCGUGGAUCUCUGGAGCAUCGGGGUCACCCUGUACCACGCAGCCACCGGCAGCCUGCCCUUCGUCCCCUUCGGUGGGCCACGGCGCAACAAGGAGAUGAUGUACCGGAUCACCACGGAGAAGCCGGCCGGGGCCAUCGCGGGCACUCAGCGGCGGGAGAAUGGGCCCCUGGAGUGGAGUUACACGCUCCCCGUCACCUGCCGGCUGUCCACGGGGCUGCAGAGCCAGCUGGUGCCCAUCCUGGCCAACAUCCUGGAGGUGGAGCAGGCCAAGUGCUGGGGCUUCGACCAGUUCUUCGCGGAGACCAGUGACAUCCUGCAGCGGGUCGUCGUCCACGUCUUCUCCCUGUCCCAGGCGGCCCUGCACCGCGUCUACAUCCACGCCCACAACACGGUAGCCAUCUUUCUGGAAGCCGUGUACAAGCAGACGAGUGUGGCCCCCCAGCAUCAGGAGUACCUCUUUGAGGGUCACGUCUGCGUCCUUGAGCCCAGCCUCUCAGCGCAGCACAUCACCCACACAACAGCAAGCAGCCCCCUGACCCUCUUCAGCAUGGCCAGUGAGACCCCCAAGGGGCUGGCCUUCAGGGACCCCGCUCAGGACAUCCCCAAGUUCUUCCCCAAGGUGGACCUGCAGGCGGAUUACAGCACUGCCAAGAGCGUGCUGGGCGCUGGCUACCAGGCCCUGUGGCUGGCGCGGGCCCUGCUGGCCGGGCAGGAGCUGAUGCUCCGGGGGCUGUACUGGUUCGUGGAGACGCUCCAGGUCACGUGCAGGCGGACACUGGAGGUCACGCGGAUGGCCCUCCUGUUCCUCAGCAGCAGCCUGGGCACCGAGAGGUUCAGCAGUGUGGCUGGGAUGCCCGAGAUGCAGGAACUGAAGAGAAUCACAGAGCUGAGGUCCAAGCUACGGGCUUUGGCUGAAGCCCUCUCCAGAUGUUCCCACAACAUCACAGAGACCCAGACGAGCCUAAGCACCCUGAGCUCCGAGCUGAUGAAGAACCGGGAUCAGGUACUUGCGGACAGAAGCAUCCAGCAGAUUCAGUGCUGUUUGGACAAGAUGAACCUCAUCUACAAACAGUUCAAGAAAUCCAGAAUGAGGCCGGGCCUUGGCUACAACGAGGAGCAGAUUCACAAGCUGGACAAAGUGAAUUUUGGUCAUUUAGCCAAAAGGCUCCUGCAAGUAUUCCAGGAGAAGUGUGUGCAGAAGUACCAGACGUCCCUAGUCACGCACGGCAAGUGGAUGAGGGAGGUGCACGAGACCAGGAACCACCUGCGCAUGGUCAGCUGUUCCGUGGCUGCCUUUAACACAGAAGCCCAGGGAGCCCAGGAGGGCCUUGGCAAGCUCCUUGACCAGUUAUCUCACCAGCUCCUUCAGGACAGAACAAAGGAGGCUCAGGUCUCAGCACCCCCCACAGCUCCCCAUCCCAGCCCUGCACUGAUGGACCUGGUUCUGCACAUGCAGGAGCUCUGCGAGGAGAUGAAGCUGCUGGCCUUUGACCUUCAAGACAACAACCGCAUCAUUGAAGGUGCGGGACCUGACGCAGGGGGAUGUCCCAUCUCAUCAGCCUACCUCUCUCCUGGCCAACAGCUGGGAGAUGUCACCAGCAUUACCUUCCACUGCCUCUCAGCCGGAAGCAGCCCAGCAGGACCUGGGGUGCCGGGCCAUCUCUGCCAGGCCACUGCCUGGGCUGAACUUUGUGUCUCGCACAGGCUCAGGUACGGCUCCUCCGUCCCCCGGGCCUGCGUGGCUAAAGCUGGCAGGCGGUGGGGGAGAAGAGACGUGAAUCACUCCCGUCGGCCUGCCCACCCGCCUCCUUGGGUUUACAGGCCUUCACUUCUCAGGGAACAGAAGAGGAGGCCUCUAGGGGUUCCCCCAGGAGACUGGGUCAGACGACCUAAUUUCAGUCUUCUUUCCUCUUAAGGGGUUUCCUGGGGAACAUACAACCCUCCCCUCUACUAUGAUUUCUGGGGGUCCCCACCUUCAGCCUCAGGCACUCCAGAGCCUGAUUUUGCCUCUACUCUUGGGCUGGCAGAGCCUGGCAGAGUUGAGAGAAUGAGCGGUCGAGGCCAGGUGCUCGUGCCUCAGGGACCCUCGUCCUCCUCUCUCUGCCCGAGGCACCGCCGGGCUCUGGGAAGCGCAGCCAGCUGCUGUCAACAGCGAGCACAGGCCUGUAAGUCCAGUGGCCAAAGGAGUUAAGAGGCUUGCACCUUGAAGAAGUGGAAUAAAUGUGGCGUGGCCUUCUUUUCUA